UGUAUCUUGUCAUGAUCUAUGGUCAUGAUCUUGUUUAUGUUCUGUAUUCCUGUUUUACGGGGUACAUAAUAAGUGCAAAUUCGGUAAAUAUCCGGUAAUUAUCUACAAUUUUUUAUACCUGCUACCUAAAAUCGCUAAAACGAUGAAUCGGUUUUAUUCAAAUGCUGUAAAUGGUUUCAAGAAAGUAUCACAUGUUAUUUUUGAUGUAGAUGGAUUACUCAUCGAUUCUGAAAAAAUAUAUCGAAAAGCUAUUUCUGAAAUUGCCAGAAAUCAUGGAAAACAGUAUACGAUAGAUAUACAAGCAAAAAUUGUUGGGACUCCUGAACGAGAGUCUUCACGAAUUGCAGUGACAGAAAUGAAACUACCAAUAUCUGUUGAUGAAUUUCAGAAACUAUUCCGAAAAAUUAGUUAUCUUUAUUUAUCAUCUGUACCAUUAUUAGCAGGAGCAGAAAGGAUAGUAAGACACUUCCACUCAUCCAAUGUUCCUAUAGCUGUUGCAACUUCUUCAAAUGAAGAUGCUUUUAGAAUAAAGAUGCAAAAUCAUCAAGAAUUAUUUUCCCUCUUUAAUCACAUUGUUUGUGGUGGCACAGAUCCACAUGUAAAAGCUGGAAAACCCCACCCUGACAUAUUUUUGGUUUGUGCUUCACGUUUUCCUGAAAAACCGAGUCCAGAACAAUGUCUAGUAUUUGAGGAUUCACAUAAUGGUGUUCUAGCAGCUAAAAGUGCAAAUAUGCAGUGUGUCAUGGUUCCUGAUGAAAGAUUGACCGAUGAAUAUAGAAAAGAUGCUACUGUAGUUCUUAGUACACUACAUGAUUUUAAACCAGAAUUGUUUGGUUUGCCACCUUUGAACUAAUAUGCUUUAAGUCUUACAUUAUGUAUGUCCACAAUAAAUGCAAUGGGUAGUCAGUA